GAUGAUGAUGAUGGAGGAAGAACAACAGAAACAGGAGAAAGAGGGAAAGAGGAGAGAAGAAGAGUUCAGAGAGAGAGAAGAGCGAUAUAAAAGACUGAUUAAAGAGAGAGAGCAGAAGGAGAAUGAACUGAUAGAACAGAUGAAGCUGGAGCGAAUGCAGAAACAGAAACCAGAGGAACGACUGAGGAGAGAAAAAGAGAAACAGAAAUCUGAACUUCACAAGAGACGCCAAAGUCCAGUUAGAGAACUCACAGCAGGUCUGAAUGUGGUCCUGCUGGGAAAAAGAGGAGCAGGGAAAACUGCAUCAGGAAACACAAUCCUGGGUCGACAAGCUUUCAUCACAGAGAAAAGCCCUAAAUCAGUCACACGAGACGUCACUGUGGAGUCUGGAACAUUCUGUGAACAACCAGUCACUGUUUACGACACUCCAGGAUUAUCAGAUAUAGAGAUGAGUGAAGAAGAGAUUCAGCAGAUGAUCAAUGAGAAGGUCCUCCAGAAAUGUUCAUCAGGUCUGUGUGUGUUUCUGCUGGUCAUCAGAGCUGACAGAUUCACUGACGAUGACAGAAAAACUGUGGAGAAGAUUGAGAAGAUCCUGGGAGAAAAACACCAGAAAAACACCUGGAUUCUGUUCACUGGAGGAGACGAACUGGAGGAAGAAAACACGAGGAUACAAGAGUUCAUAGAGGAGACUGAAGAACUGAAGACACUCGUGCAGAAAUAUGAACACAGAUACCAUCUGUUCAACAACAAGAGGAAGAUGAAGAAAGAUGAGGAGGGACUGAGUGAACAAGUGAAAAUACUAUUAACAAAAAUACUGAAGCCUUACACAAUGGGUGAAGAGAUAAAUCCACUGAAGAGAAAAAUACCUGAAAAUAUUGGAGCAGUCUCUCCAGUCUCCAGUCCUCCCUCCAGACGGAUUGUUCUUGUGGGUAAAUCUGGUGUUGGUAAAAGUGCAGCUGGAAACACAAUCCUGGGACAGAGAGAGUUCAGAUCUGCGAUGAGUGUGUUUUCAGUAACCUUUAAAUGUUCAGCAGCUCAGACCACAGUUUCAGGCAGAUCUGUGUCUGUAGUCGACACUCCUGGAUUCUUCAACACUCAGAUGAAGCCUGAAGAGUUAAUGAUGGAGAUGGCCAGAAGUGUGUAUAUCUCCAGUCCUGGACCUCACGCUUUCCUCAUUGUGUUUCCUGUCAACAUGAGAUUCACUGAAUAUGAGCUGCAGAUUCUUCAGAUGAUUGAGCUGAUGUUUGGUCAGGAAGUGUUAAAAUACUCCAUCAUUCUCUUCACUCAUGGAGAUCUGCUGGAUGGAGAGUCUGUAGAGGAGCUGAUAGAGGAGAACAGUAGAUUAAGAUCUCUAGUCCAGCAGUGUGGAGGCAGAUAUCAUGUGUUCAACAACAGAGAUGAGGAGAACAGAGAGCAGGUGGAGGAUCUACUGCAGAAGAUUGACUCAAUGAUACAGCAGAAUGGAGGAGGACACUACACUAACCAGAUGUAUGAAGAUGCUCAGAGAUUCAGACAAGAGGAAGAAGAGGAGAGACAGAGAGAAGAAGAGGAGAGACAGAGAGAAGAAGAGGAGAGACAGAGAGAAGAAGAGAAGAGAAAACGACAAGAGGAUAAACAAAUACAAGAGGUGAUUGAGAGAGAGAUAAAGAAGACUGCGGAGAGAAUCAAGAGUGAAGAUCAAGGGAGAAAACAAAGCGAAAACUGUGUGUGUAGUUGAUCGUCUUUUGAUUGUUUGACACAGUGAUGGAGUGAAUAACAGAGAGCAGGUGACUGAGGAGGACUCGAGGUCUCAGUUUCAUCUAACAUCAUUUAAAACACAACACACAUUAAUAAAUUGAACUCAAACACUGCUCUGUCCUAUCACAGUAUAUUUGUUGUUUUCAUAUGCACCAGACACUCUCUUAUCAAUACUUCAUCUUUCUGUAAAACAGUAAGAUUAACACAAGUGAGUGGGCUUGAUAAACCACCUGUAGAAGACACAC